CCAGGGAGAGGGCCGAAACGGGAGAGAGCCGCGCUGUGGGGAUGGCGCUGAGGUGACGGCGGUCCUCCGGAUGGCCCGCGGUGCUUGUGUGGAACGUCGAUGUGAGGAUGUGGGUGGGAGGAGGGACGGUACCGAGAGGUGUGUCCCGGCGGCGCGGGGAGGGGGGUAAGAAAACUUUCCCGGUGUGUUGGUAGCGAUAGAAGCCCGCGGUUGGGUGUGGAGACGCGGCGGUGGGCAGCGCGGUGUCCCGCGGGCACGGCUGAGUCGUUGGUGGGCUCAGCGCAGCGCUGUCCCGGCCGUAGCAGAUGGGCUUAACGCUGUACGCACCGCUUUAUCGUCCCCGAGGGUUUCGUUUUUGCACUGAAUGUAGCCAGGACGGAUCCUUGUGGGCUUUGGCAGCCCUUGGAAACUGUCAAAGGCAGUAUUUUGCAUUUCUGCAGAGCUUUGCACAGAUCCUGUUCCCAUGCAAACUGAUGAGGGAGAAAUACUGGAGGAAGGCAGUCCCAAGAGAGAAGGAGCAAGAAAGGGAAGAACAGUUAAUGGAAGACAAGAAAAGGAAGAAGGAGGAUAAGAAAAAGAAGGAAUCUGCUCAGAAGGUCACAGAUCAAAAAACCAAAGUGCCCGAAGUGACGAAACCAAGUUUAAGCCAACCAGUGGCUGCCAGCCCAAUUGGCAACUCUCCAUCGCCACCAGUCAAUGGUGGCAACAAUGCCAAAAGGGUGGCAGUGCCGAACGGACAACCGCCAAGCGCCGCCCGCUACAUGCCUCGGGAGGUGCCGCCGCGAUUCCGUUGCCAGCAGGACCACAAAGUGUUACUGAAACGUGGGCAGCCCCCUCCGCCAUCCUGUAUGCUCCUUGGGGGUGGAGCAGGGCCUCCUCCCCCAACAGCACCAGGAGCAAACCCAAACAACGCACAACCAGUGACAGGAGCACUGCUGCAGAGCGACAGUGGGACUGCAACAGAUUCAACAAUUGGAGGUGCUGCUGCUUCAAAUUAUGCAAAUUCCACUUGGGGUCCUGGAGCCUCCUCCAACAGCGGCACCAACGCCAACCCAACUCACAUCUGGGACAAGGUGAUUGUAGACGGGUCUGACAUGGAAGAGUGGCCUUGUAUCGCCAGCAAAGAUGCUGAGUCUUCUUCCGAAAACACCACCGAUAACAACAGUGCCUCGAACCCUGGCUUGGAGAAGAACACUCUGCCAGGAAGCACCACUAGUAACAAAGGAAAAGGAAGCCAGUGCCAGUCUGGAAGCGCUGGAAAUGAAUGUAAUUUUGGGGCCUGGAAAUCUGAUCCCAAGGCUAAAUCUGUUCAAUCUUCCAACCCUGCUGCCGAGAGUAACAAUGGACUAAGUAAUUGGAGGAACUUGACUGGACAAGAUAGAAUUGGUUCUGGUUCUGGCUUCAGCAACUUUAACCCAAAUAGCAACCCGUCUGCUUGGCCAGCACUGGUCCAAGAGGGCAAUUCUAGGAAAGGGACUUCGGAAUCUGAUAGUGGUAGCUCCAAUGCACAGAUUAGCACAGUAGGUCAGACCUCUAGGGAACAGCAGUCAAAGAUGGAAAAUGCGGGUGUUAACUUUGUCUCUGGCAGAGAACAGGCUCAAAUUCAUAACACUGAUGGACCAAAAAACGGAAACACUAACUCCUUGAACUUAAGUUCACCAAACCCUAUGGAGAAUAAGGGAAUGCCCUUUGAAAUGGGCUUGGGGAACCCUUCCAGGAGCACUGACACCCCUUCACAAAGCACUGGAGAAAGAAAGACUGGGAGUGUUGGGUCUUGGGGUACAGCUAGGGGGUCUUCUGGAACUGACACAGUCUCUGGACAGAGCAAUUCUGGAAACCAUGGGAACAAUGGAAAGGAUAGGGAGGACUCCUGGAAAGGAGCUUCUGUUCAAAAACCUAAUGGGUCAAGAAGCGAUUCUUGGGAUAACAAUAACCGGUCUACGGGUGGUGGGUCUUGGAACUUUGGCCCUCAGCAUGCAAAUGAAAGCAAAUGGGGUGAAGGGAACAAAUUAACAUCUGGGGUCUCUCAGGGAGAAUGGAAACAGCUGUCUGGGUCUGAUGAACUGAAGAUUGGAGAAUGGAGUGGUCCAAACCAACCAAAUUCUAGCACUGGAGCAUGGGACAAUCAAAAAGGCCACCCUCUUCCUGAAAACCAAGGCAAUUCCCAGGCUCCCUGUUGGGGAAGAUCUUCCAGCUCUGCAGGAAGUGAGGUUGGAGGUCAAAGCACUGGAAGCAACCACAAAGCAGGAAGUAGUGACAGUCACAAUUCUGGACGCCGAUCAUAUAGGCCUACACAUCCUGAUUGCCAGGCAGUCUUGCAGACUUUGCUGAGCAGGACUGAUUUGGACCCCCGAGUGCUUUCAAACACUGGCUGGGGCCAAACACAAAUUAAGCAAGAUACCGUAUGGGAUAUUGAAGAGAUGCCACGGCCUGAGGGGAAGUCUGACAAAGGAACUGAGGGGUGGGAGAGCUCUGCCACACAGACAAAGAACUCAGGGGGCUGGGGCGAUGUACCCAGCCAAAGCAAUCAAAUCAAGUCUGGAUGGGGUGAGCUCUCAACCCCAACAGAGUGGAAGGACCCCAAAAAUACUGGAGGAUGGAAUGACUAUAAGAACCCCAAUUCGUCUAAUUGGGGAGGGGGAAGACAAGAAGAGAAAUCAUCAUCUUCUUGGAAUGACAGCUCUAGUAAGGAUCAGGGGUGGGGUGGACGGCAGCCUAAUCAAGGAUGGUCUUCUGGAAAGAACGGUUGGGGAGAGGAAGUUGACCAAGCAAAAAACAGCAACUGGGAAAGUGCGGGAAAUAAGCCAGCAUCUGGUUGGGGUGAAGGUGGGCAAAAUGAGAUUGGAACUUGGGGUAAUGGUGCAAAUACAGGCUCUGCUUCAAAGGGUGGUUGGGACGAUUGUAAAAGAAAUUCAACGUGGAACGAGACGGGUCGACAGCCCAACUCCUGGAACAAGCAGCAGCAGCAGCAACAGCAGCAGCAGCAGGAGACUUCUGGUUCCUGGGGUCCACCGCCACAAACUCCAAGUAAUGGGCGACCUCCAAACCCAAACUGGAACAGCGGACCACAACCAGCUGCCCCCAAAGACGAGGAGCCUAGUGGCUGGGAAGAACCUUCUCCACAGUCAAUCAGUCGGAAAAUGGAUAUUGAUGAUGGCACUUCGGCGUGGGGAGAUCCUAGCAGUUAUAACUACAAGAAUGUGAACCUGUGGGACAAGAACUCACAAGGAGGACAGGCCCCACGGGAACAGAGCCUGCCUACUCCAAUGACUAGCAAAUCACAAGCAUCAGUCUGGAGCAAAAGCACUCCACCUGCUCCAGAUAAUGGUACGUCCGCCUGGGGUGAGCCAAAUGAAACCAGUCCCGGGUGGGGUGAAGUAGAUGAUACAGGAUCAUCGACAACAGGCUGGGGGAAUGCACCUUCCAACGCCCCGAAUGCCAUGAAAUCUAGUUCUAAAUCUAUGCAAGAUGGCUGGGGAGAGAGUGAUGGGCCAGUGACAGGCACGCGUCAUUCCAGCUGGGAAGAGGAGGAGGAGGGAGGAGUCUGGAACACAGCAGGCUCUCAGGGAAGCAGUUCCUCCCACAACUCAACAAGCUGGGGGCAAGGAGGAAAGAAAACACAGAUGAAGUGCUCAUUAAAAGGAGGAAAUAGUGAUUCAUGGAUGAACCCUAUAUCCAAACAGUUUUCAAAUAUGGGCUUGCUAAGUCAAACUGAGGACAUUCCAGGCAAUAAGAUGGACUUGUCUGUAGGUGGUCUCCCAGAUAAGAAGUUUGAGGUAGAUAAACGAGCCAUGAAUCUCGGGGAUUUUAAUGACAUAAUGAGAAAGGAUCGAUCUGGGUUCCGUCCACCUAAUUCCAAAGACAUGGGAACCACAGAUAGUGGGCCUUAUUUUGAGAAGCUGACUUUGCCUUUCUCCAAUCAAGAUGGGUGCCUUGGGGAUGAGGCUCCCUGCUCUCCCUUCUCCCCUUCUCCCAGCUACAAGCUGUCUCCCUCUGGUUCCACACUAUCCAACGUCGGCCUUGGAGCAAUCGGCUCAGGGCUCAGUCCCCAAAACUACGCUGCUAGACAAGGUGGCAAUCAUGGUUUGUUUGGAAACAGCACAGCACAAUCGAGGGGCAUGCACACACCAGUGCAGCCACUAAAUCCUUCCCCCAAUAUCCGGGCGCAAGUGCCUCCCCAAUUUCUUUCUCCCCAGGUUUCGGCCUCCAUGCUCAAACAGUUCCCCAACAGUGGCUUGAAUCCAGGUCUUUUCAAUGUGGGGCCCCAGCUUUCUCCGCAACAGAUUGCCAUGCUGAGCCAGCUUCCACAGAUUCCCCAGUUUCAAUUGGCGUGUCAGCUCCUCCUUCAGCAGCAGCAGCAGCAGCAGCUGUUACAGAGCCAGAGGAAGUUAUCUCAAGCUGUGCGACAACAGCAGGAGCAACAGAUUGCUCGUAUGGUGAGUGCCCUCCAGCAGCAGCAGCAGAGGCAGCCUGGCAUGAAGCAUUCACCAUCCCACCCUGUUGGGCCUAAGCCACAUAUAGACAGCAUGGUACCCAAUCCUUUGAAUGUGGGUCUAUCAGAUUUACAGACCAAAGGACAAAUACCUGGAUACGGUUCAGGCUUUGGCUCAAGCAGCAUGGAUUAUGGCAUGGUGGGAGGGAAAGAAGCUGGAACAGAAUCCCGCUUUAAACAGUGGACUAUGAUGGAAGGGCUGCCCUCUGUGGCUUCACAAGAUGCCAAUAUGCACAAAUCAGGUGCAAUAGUGCCCCCUGGAAAGGCUCGCGGAGGAUCGCCCUACAACCAGUUUGACAUAAUUCAGGGCGACCCACUGGGUGGCCAUGCAGGCCCUGCUGGUGAUAGUUGGUUACCUGCCAAAUCUCCGCCAACGAACAAGAUCGGAAGCAAAUCCAGCAACGCCAGCUGGCCUCCAGAGUUCCAACCAGGAGUGCCAUGGAAAGGUAUACAAAACAUUGACCCUGAAUCUGACCCCUACGUGACCCCUGGAAGUGUGCUGGGGGGGACAGCCACAUCUCCCAUUGUAGAUACUGACCACCAACUUCUGCGGGACAACACCACAGGGUCUAAUUCUUCCCUCAACACCUCGCUGCCUUCACCUGGUGCCUGGCCCUACAGUGCCUCUGACAAUUCCUUCACCAACGUUCAUAGCACUUCAGCAAAAUUCAGUGAUUACAAAUCAACAUGGUCCCCAGAUCCCAUAGGACACAAUCCCACUCAUCUCUCCAACAAGAUGUGGAAAAACCAUAUUUCCUCAAGGAACACUACAGGGCUGCCUCGCCCGCCUCCUGGCCUGACCAACCCCAAACCAUCAUCUCCAUGGAACAGCACAGCACCCCGAUCGGUCAGGGGCUGGGGGGCACAGGACUCAAGGCUUGCCUCUGCAUCUACUUGGAGUGAUGGUAGUUCAGUUCGUCCUAGUUACUGGCUGGUUCUUCACAAUCUCACUCCACAGAUCGAUGGGUCAACCUUGAGGACGAUCUGCAUGCAGCAUGGCCCACUGCUGACAUUCCAUCUGAACCUGACCCAGGGCACCGCUCUCAUCCGAUACAACACCAAACAGGAGGCGGCCAAGGCCCAGACUGCACUGCACAUGUGUGUGUUGGGAAACACUACCAUCCUGGCUGAGUUUGCCACAGAUGAGGAGGUUAGUCGCUUUUUGACACAAGCUCAGCCCCCUACACCUGCAGCAACCCCAAGUGCACCCGCGGCAGGCUGGCAAUCCCUGGAGACGGGACAGAACCAGACAGAUCCAGUUGGACCUGCUUUGAAUCUCUUUGGUGGGUCAGCAGGGCUUGGGCAGUGGAGCAGUGGUGGCGGCAGCAGCAGUGGGGGUGAUCUCACUGGCGCUUCGUUGUGGGGUCCCCCAAACUAUUCUUCAAGCUUGUGGGGGGUCCCGAGCGUAGAGGAUCCACACAGAAUGGGCAGCCCUGCUCCCUUACUACCUGGAGACCUUCUAGGAGGAGGGUCGGAUUCAAUCUGAACUUAGAACUUUCAACUCUGACCUCGUGACCUUUUUUGGAACAGCAGCAGCACUAACUUGACCUUUUCGUUUUUUUUCAACUUGCAAUAAAUACAUUUAUAAAAGGAAAAAGAAAACGGAGAGAGAAAAAAGGUGGGUCAUUGACAGACUGUCUGAGCACAUAGUUGCCUCCCUUAUAUAACUUCAGUUUUUUCGUUUGGAAUAUGAAUCCAAAAAGAGAACAUAUCACUCUUGAAAUACUUGAAUCAUGAACGCCAACUUAGAAAGACAAUGUGAAGCAAGUACACAUACCAUUUAAAUUUAAACACAAAAAUUAAAAAAUUAGUUUCUAGUUUUUCACUUUUUCAUGUUAUACGGAAGUUGUUGCUAAGAAACAUAUAUACUGAAAAAAUAGCUUUUUAACUUUG